AUGUUUUCAAAACUUAAUUAUUUCAUUACGAAAGGGGUCAGACGAAAGUGCAGGGCUGAAGAAGCACACAAAGUGUGGGUACAGAAGGACUCGGACAAUGUGAUGGCCAUUUGGGAACUAGGCCGCCUGACACAUGAACCACCAGUUACACCUUUUGGAGCAGCAGUGGUCGUUCGAAAAGCAGGGGCUUCUGACGCUGAGACACGUUUUGCAGAGUCCGGAGCCAAACGCCUCAAGUUGACAAAAGUAUCCGUCACAGCAGCUGUUGAAAAUGGUACCGUCGCAUUUCUUGUUUAA